AUGAGAGUCAUCAAUCUUAUUAAUCAAAAAUCGAAGGAAUGGGAUGUUGGAUUACUGGAGGACUAUGUUGCCUCUGAAGAUAUACCUUUCAUAAGGAGUUUGGCCAUAAGCUCAGCUCAUCGCCGUGACACAUUUUGUUGGAACUACACUAAGAAUGACCAGUACACGGUUAAAUCAGGAUAUUGGGUAGCUCGCAACUUAUUGAAGGCUGAGGAUGAGAAGGAAGUAUUGGAGCCCAGUGCAAGAAAUGAUAAACUAUUUAGGGGAAUAGACAGAGAUCCUUUGGAGUUAGUUCGCUAUGCGGAGAGUGAGUGUCAAGCCUGGUUCAAUGCAAACGAGAUGGUGUCAUCAACUCCACAAGGACAUAGUAUUGACGAACCUCAAGUCUUAAGCUUAGGUAAUAUUUGCAUGAUAGACGGGUCAUGGACUUCUACGGCACAGCUUAGCGGGUAUGGAUGGGCUUGGAUAGACAGCUUGGGAAAAGUUCAACUUAUGGGAACACGAAACUAUGGAAGCACUGAGAUGGACGAUGGAGAGUAUGCUUCAGCACUCGACAUGUUAGAGCUUCAGAACGGACUGCAAGGAUUUGAUCGCCAUGAUUAA